AUGUCACUUGGUCGCAGUAUCACACAGAAGACAUCCGCGCGGCUCAAAUCUACCCGUCGUGCGUACUCUUCGCUGCCAAGACCGUACCGCUUUCAUGUUGGGGCCAGCUGGGCGGGCAAGCCGCCAGAUCCCCAAAUGCGCCGCUUGAAGACGAAGCCCUUCGCGCCAGACAGUGACAUCGGUGGAUGGAGAGAUAGCCUUUUGGACAAGUACCACUCACCGGUAGGGAAUCAUGUCGGCGAGGAUUUCUUCUACGUGCAGGACGUGAGUCUCCAUAUGGGACGAUCUAUCUUUCUGACAUGCCUCUGUAUGUAUUUGUUCAAUGGCGUGUCGUUCGGCGUAGCAGACGGUGUUGGAGGUUGGGUCGACUCAGGAGUGGAUCCUUCGCUAUUCUCGCAAGCCUUGAUGUACCACGCCCAUCGCUACUCAAAGGAUGCGUGGGCAGGUGAACCAGAGACAGAUCCCACUCAGGAUCUGCAAGAGUGUCCGCAGGUGGAAGGUUGGGAAAUGAGUCCGGCGGAGUGCCUGGAACUUGCGUAUGGGGGUGUGCUGCGCGAACGGAGCAUUAAAGCGGGCUCCAGUACUGCUUGCCUGCUUACGCUUAACGCUGCGUCCGGUGUGCUUCGCGCCGCAAACCUUGGAGAUAGCGGCUUCUCGAUAUUUCGCUCAUCAAAUUUAAUUCAUCAACAACGCUCACAGCAACACUUCUUUAACUGUCCAAAGCAACUGUCAAAGCUACCCCAAGGCAUCCCAGGAUUCUCUCGCGCCGUGGUUGACUCUCCUCGUGAAGCAGACAUCCUCGAGACGAAACUGCGAGAUGGGGACAUUGUGAUUGUAUAUACCGAUGGCCUUGCAGAUAAUGUGUUUCCAGCGGAAAUGAGCACGAUAUGUACGCUCGUGUCGCGUCAAUUCAGUGACGAUAAACUUGUACAAACUAUCGCAGAGCGGUUAGUAGAGUACGCUACUGCAUGCAUGAAGAAGAAAAACCGCGCGAGCCCAUUCGAGCGAGCCGCGGCAAGGGAGGGAAUGUACUUCCGUGGUGGAGUGAGUUAUUCUCUCAUAUUGGGUCGGAUGACUCUAACUGUUUUUUCUCCAGAAAGAGGACGAGUAAGUCCACCAACCUAG